AGCGACAACAGCCUUCUUCCCUACUCAUCUCCAUUCGUGUCGUUACACUUGUUCGAACUGCUGGAUGCUGAUCUCAUGUCACCGUCGUUCUUCAUGCUAUUCCAAUCAGUUCAGGCGAGUGGAUUCCAAGUCGUCCGUUGUGUGGUUGAACGGUUCUGUUUGCAGUGCGACUACCCUCGAUGUUGUGAAAAGGGAAAGCGAAGCCGGCGGUCCCAUAGGGUUUCGGCGCUCGUAAGGGGCCGUCUUCCGUCGGGCUGCCGGUGGACUUCUGAACAUCGAGUCCAGCCUCUCGACGCCCCCGCCUUGUAGACGGUGAGAUCGCUGGAUACCGUCCUCUAUGGAGCACCCGUGUCUUCAAAGAGCGGUGGUCGCUCUGGCGGGUUCGGCUGGGACCUCACGGAUACUUGGCGCCCCGGUAAACGGUCGGGUCAUGAUCGUGGAGAAGGGCCGGCCCGACGACGAAGCGAUCAUCACCGAGUCACCGCCAUCAACAAUCUCGAUAUCUGACCUGGGCUCGAUAAAGGCAGUGGAUGUCAGCCUCGCAACGGAAGAACGGCGGUCUAGUUGGUCACCUACAAGGGCAGCACCUUCGGGCGUCAAAGCCAGUCCCAAGCUCGACGCGGCUCUACCCGGGGAUGGUAAAACGGACUGCACGUCGAGUCUCUCUGAGAUCCUUGUACGCAUGACCAUCUCGCCGCCUCGGAUAUCGCAGGAGCUGCUUCAAGACCAACAUCGGCUUGCGAGAUCAGUUCUCGAAACGGGACAAGAUCGACAAGAAGGCCUCAAGAUCGGCAAGAAGCAGACGGGACUCCAUGAGGGCGGGGCCGACGAAUAAAGGUAAUUUAUCUAUGGACGUGUUUCCGUCGAGUUUGUUCCCUCUUCCUGUACUCCUAAUCUCGAUCGCGCCAAGAAGAUACGAACAACUACGAAGCCGCCGGAUCAAAGCGUAACGAAAGUGAUAGAUGCGAGAAGCGAUCAUCACCUAGGUGUCUAGCCACACCAGCAGCACGGCAAGAUAUUCGAGGGAAGACGAAGGAGAAGAGGAGG